AUGAAGAGACGAGACGAGUUCCAGAUUUGUGGAUGGCCCCUCCUGCGACGACACGGAGUGACGGAGCGCCGAGCUGUGCAGCGAUUCCAUGUGGCAGACCUUCGACCACACGCUGAAGUCUGCCAUGUGGUGGGCUUGAGCUCGGUUUGCCCCUUCAAAGUUGACAUGUGCAUGUCAAAGGAGCAAGCUAGCGACGAGCCCAGGAAGGCCGCCAGUUUGGGCCCCUUUGAGCUCCCGUUGCCGCCAGUGGACAAAGAGCGCUUCAGGCGGCUGCAAGUUCUGGUGCAAGAGGAGAGGAAUCAUGGGCAGAUUGAAUUGUAUGAAGACCAACUGCAGGGUUGCAAGGUGGUGGGAAAGCGAAUCUUCCGCUCGUGGACACUGGGCAGUGCCGAGGAGUUCGCAACAGCCCAUCCCGACCUGCUGGAGAGCCCAUGGAAGGAAGUGGAGAUCAGCCUUGUGUUGGGCUUGAACAAAGUCCAGGGGAAGCUCGGAGUGUGCAAGAGCUUCGGAGCCUUCCGAGAUGAAGAGGGCGACAUCCUGCUCUUCAUGGAGUACAUCAGCGGUGGCGACUUGCACGACCUGGCGAGUAGAUGCUCCACCAAGCCUGGACCAGAGAGGGAGCAGAAGGUGUGGCCGGUGGUGCUCUCGCUGCUGCGCGGAGUCCGCUGCCUGCACAGCGCUGGCGUGGCACACGGCGACAUUUCGCUGGAGAAUGCUUUGCUCGGUCCGGAUGGAGAGGUCAGGCUGAUUGACUUUGCAGCUGCAGAAGAAGACGUCUGGGUGCAGGGCAUUCGCGGCAAGCCUUCUUAUCAGGCCCCAGAAAUGCACCAGUCCGGCUGCUAUGAUGCCAGAGCGGCUGAUCUCUUUGCCUGCGGAGUCUUCGCCUACUGUCUCGCGUGCGCAGACUAUCCCUGGAAGUGCACCAGGCCGCACGAGUGCUCUGCUUUCGAGUUCUUCAUGAUGCACGGGCUGACGGCUUUCCUUCGAAAGAGACGUGUACGCCUCGCAGACGGCUCGAGAGGGCAGCCUGUUGAGGGACUCUUGUCCCCUGAACUUUUGCAGCUGAUGGAAAUCUUGCUGAAUCCCGAUCCAGCACGUCGCUACGAAGUUUGGUCCGCCGAGUCGUUCAUGAGCUUUGAGAUCGAGCCGGUGGAGGAAGCUGGGUACAGCGCGAAUCCACAACCUCCCCACACAGUGAGAGUGAAAUGA